UGAAGUUCAAAGUACUGAAGAUUCAUUAACAGAAAAGGAAACAUGGGUUCUGCUUAUCUUCUUUCAGGCAGUCUCUUAAAGGCCACUUUCCUUGUGUUCUGUGCUCUGUGGAUACUGCCUCAGAUGACUCUGGCAAAACAUGUUAGAUUUACCAGGCACUACAAGUUUAACAUCAAAAUGCAAAACGUCACAAGGCUUUGCAAAACAAAGAGUAUUGUGACUGUGAAUGGGCAAUAUCCCGGACCUAGAAUCAUAACAAGAGAAGGAGAUAGGCUUGUGAUUAAAGUGGUGAACCAUGUUCCAUACAAUGUCUCCAUCCAUUGGCACGGAGUUCGCCAACUGAGGAGUGGAUGGGCAGAUGGGCCCGCAUAUAUCACACAGUGUCCAAUCCAAACAGGGCAAACUUAUGUAUACAACUUCACUGUGACAGGCCAGAGAGGGACAUUGUGGUGGCAUGCUCAUAUUUCAUGGCUAAGAGUGACUCUUCAUGGUCCUAUUGUCAUUCUUCCCAAAAGACACGACUCUUACCCUUUUCCUCAUCCUUUCAAGGAAGUCCCCAUCGUAUUGGGGGACUGGUGGAAAGCAGACACAGAAACUGUGAUCAACCAAGCAAUGAAAACAGGUUCACCUCCUAAUAUCUCUGAUGCUCACACCAUCAAUGGACUUCCAGGUCCUCUCUACAACUGCUCAGCCAAAGAUACGUUUAAGCUGAAGGUGAAGCCUGGGAAAACUUACCUGCUACGUCUGAUCAAUGCUGCACUGAAUGAUGAGAUGUUCUUCAGCAUAGCCAACCACACGCUCACUGUGGUGGAAGCUGAUGCUGUGUACGUGAAGCCUUUCAAGACCAAUAUUGUGUUAAUCACACCAGGCCAAACCACCAACGUCCUUCUCACUGCCAAAUCUAAACACCCAAACGGGUCCUUCGUCAUCGCCGCGAGGCCUUACGCCACCGGUCCGGCGGCCUUCGACAACACCACCACCACAGGCUUACUCGAAUACAAAACCAAACAUUCACUCUCGAAAUCCAACACUAAGCUUCCUCUGCUCAGACCCGUGCUUCCCAAAUUCAACGACACCGUCUUCGCAAUGAAGUUCAACAAGAAGGUUCGCAGCUUGAACAGUGCGAAAUUCCCGGCGAAAGUACCAAAAACAGUUGAUAGACGCUUCUUCUUCACCGUGGGAUUAGGGAUUUUGCCUUGCUCAAAGAACCAGAAUUGUCCAAAUAAUACCAGAGUAGCAGCUUCAAUUAACAAUGUUUCAUUCGUGAUGCCAAGCACGGCCUUGCUUCAAGCCCACUUCUUCAACAAAUCAAAAGGAGUAUUCACGACUGAUUUUCCGGCGAACCCACCGGUUAAGUUCAACUAUACAGGAACCGCACCCAACAAUAUCAUGGCGGCGAGCGGAACGAAGGUGGUGGUUUUGCCAUACAACGCAAGUGUUGAGUUGGUUCUGCAAGAUACGAGCAUCAUUGGAGCAGAGAGCCACCCGCUUCACCUUCAUGGAUUCAACUUCUUCAUUGUGGGUCAAGGAAACGGAAACUUCAACCCGAAAAAGGAUCCGAAGAACUUCAAUCUGGUUGACCCGAUGGAGAGGAACACUGCUGGUGUACCCGCCGGAGGUUGGGUUGCUCUCCGAUUUCUUGCGGACAAUCCUGGUGUCUGGUUCAUGCAUUGCCACCUUGAAGUACACACGAGUUGGGGGUUGAAAAUGGCUUGGAUUGUCCAAGACGGGAAGCAACGCAAUCAUAAGUUGCCUCCUCCACCGUCCGAUCUUCCGAAGUGUUAGGACCGAAUUGGCGCCGUUGAUCAUAUUUUUCUCUAUAUAUUUUUUGCCUUUGAAAUAUUUGUGAUUUUUUCUAUUUUAUUAUUUGGUUACCAUUCUGGCUUGUGAGAUGAGAAAUGGCAUAGACUGAGAAUUUAUUUUGUGUAGGGUUCACUAUUCAAUUAAAUCGAUGUUGAACGUGAUAGAGGGUAGCCUGUCAAUUUUGGAAUAUUAAAAUGGAGAAUUUCCUUUUAUGUCUCAA